AUGAACAUCAAUGAUUUUGUAAUACUCCCAGGCUCAAAAACUGGAACCUCAGUGAGAUUAAAAGCAAAAACUGUCAGAGAAUUGCAGUUGGAGAAAGUGCAGUUAGAAACCGAAAACAAAGAGAUGGAGAAGAAAUUACGGCAACUACAGUCAAACAUGAGCAGAGAAAAAGAAGAGAGAAAGAAAUCAAGUGCUUAUCACUGGAAAUCUGGACAGGCAGGACCAAUGACCAUCCAAGCCCGAGUUUUGUCACAAAGCAAAGAAAACAAUAAUAAGGUUUCUUCAGGAAAAGUGAAGUUGCAAAUACUCAAAGAACAGAUUCAAGAGCCAGUGAAAGAACCAUUUAAGCAUGAAAUGGCAAACGCUGUAGCUCUUGAAAAAUCUGAAGUGGAGGGGAUAGCAUGUGGACGAUGUGAAAUUAAGAGUGCGCUGCUGACAGAAGCUGAUAUGCAUGUUGGAAAAUUUGAAGUCAUUGAUCACUUCAUCAAGGAACUAAAUCUGAAUGAAUUGAAAAUAAAUCAUGAGCAGAAGAAAGUAAAGAGCAAGCAUCAGGUUGCAUCAGACAAGUUUUCAUCUCUCCUAGUGUCCGUAGGCAGUGCUGAGGAACUGUGCUCAGGAUCAACCUGUACAGGCCUUGAAAAUCAGGACAAAGGAUUAUUACUAAAUGGUAUGUUUAAUGAGGAGGAGUCUGCAAAGUCUUUUCAGGAAGCUGUGCUUCAAUGGAGAAAAGGUAAUCGGGAUCACAGAGAACAACUGCGUGCCAGUGCAGUCCUAUCAGAAUCUGUGGGAAUUUGUGAGGUACAGACCAACCUUACUCUUAUGAAGAAACCUAUCCAAAUUGAAUUCAAGAAGGAUGGCCUGAGCUACAUGGAGAAACUCUUGCUUAAGAAAUACAGAAGAACUCCUGUUGAUCAAAUUUCUGGUAGUUGCACUAAAGAUUUAAGGCCUGUGCAAACACUGAGUGUACAUCAGGCUGUGAUUGGAGGAGCGGGAGAAGGAGAUGAAUAUGACGAUGAUGUAGAUGACUUAACAGUUGAAGAGGUGAAGAGAUAUUGGACAUCUGUUUUUAGAGAGGAAGUACUCAACACUAUUUCUGAAAGUGCAGAGUCCUCUUUGAAAAUUGAGUUCCUUGAUGACUCUUAUGGCAAGGACUUGGAAGAAUCAUCUAACUUUUUGGUGAUGGAAGCUGGGGCUAUGGGAAUGAAUAAGCAAGGAAAAACUGAACCACUCAAGCAGUGUGGAAGUGAGCCACCAAGGUAUAUUAAUUGCCUGUAUCUAGGGAGACAUCACUUUGAAAUGUCUUUAUUUUAUUCGCUUGAUCACUCCAGUGUUAAACCAUUUGCAGAUCAGAGUACCAGACCUUUGCCAAGAGAAACUGUAGGCAUAAUGAGAAAGUCAUCCUGUCAUUUAACUUCCACAGCUGACACUCAAUAUAUUUUACCUUUUCCUCUUGACAGAAAUCCUGUUUCUUCUAAAGAAACUUCUCAAGAAAAAAUCGUUGUCUGCAGUCUUGAAAGAAAUGCAGUGCAAAAGGAGAGUAUUAAACUAAAGACUAUGAGAAGAUCACUUAGCUCCUGUAAGCUACCUGAGAUUUCUAACCCUACUGAACUAAUGAGCAACAAAUAUCUCCUUGAGACACAACUGCAGAAAACCAAUAAAGAUUCACAAGAACUGGACAGUGUCUGCAACAGCCAGAGUUUGGUUUUGCCUGUAAUUACAAAGUCUUCAGUGUUACAGGAUGUAGCCAAAAGACAGAAAUCUGUUUCUACGCGGUAUUGGGGACUUGAAGGUUUCUUUGUUAUAGGUGCAAACCCUAAACAAGUAAUGCUUGAAGCACGUUCUUCACUGUGUGCUAACUCUAGCCCUAUGGACAGUAGUAUCCCAUUUCCAGGAGAUGGAAAGUGGGUUACUGAAAGGAGCUUAAGUGAAUACGCUGAUGACUCUGUAGUUCAAGGUGUCUUAGAAAGUCAGUUGAGUAGACCUUCAAGUGGUUUGGAGACUCAAAAUAGAAUUUCUCCCCUGAUGGUAGCAUGGAGGUCAUACCCAGGCAAUGAUUCUAGAAGACCUUGGUCAACAAAUAUGCUACACUGUAAACUGACUGGAAAUUGUCCAGCAAACACACAGCCAAGACCAAAGAGUUCACCUAUGCAUAUGUUUAGAGUUGAUACUGAGAUAUCAAAACACAAGUCCCUUGAUGUAACUAAACAAGAUGACUAUAUGUGGGAAUAUAUUGCUGACCAAGAAGCCCUACUUACUCUGGAAAAGGAAUUACAAAGUUAUACACGUCCUGAAAAAUGUUACAGCUUAACUUCUGAAGAUGUAACCUCCUCCAGCAGACACUCAGAGAAGAUAUGUGGAAAUACUACAGUUUUCCAUAAAAACCUAGAGCUAAAAGACCACAGCAAAGUUGAUAGUCUCAGGGGCUGGGAUGAAAGCCAAAUGGAUGAUGAGGAAGAAAUUCUGGAGGAUAAGCAACAGGUUCUUGCAUUACAGUGA